AUGACAGCGAAUAACACAAAUAAGGGAAAUACUGCGGUCAUGAACCCCUCCGUUCCGCCCACGCCCGAGUCUCCAGGGCGAAAGACGAACAUUCCCGACAAAUCUUCGCCUACUAGACAGAAGCAGCAACAGGCAGAAGGAGUGCCAUCAAACUCGAAAACUGUAGGGGACCAGGACAAGCAGCAACAGCGACGAGAACCCGAGAGAGUAGCGACGGAGGCUUCCACAGCAUCGACAUCUUCUGCGACUACAGGAAAUGCCACAUCCAAUGCAAGUGGAGAGAACAAUGGUGACGUGGUCGGAGAGUACGUGUUGGGUGAGACCAUUGGCAAGGGUACGUUUGGCAAGGUCAAGCUCGGGUUACACUUGCCGACCGGUGAAAAAGUUGCCGUGAAAAUUUUAGAAAAGAAACGAAUUGUCCUGGCGGCAGAUGUGGAGCGAGUUGCACGCGAGAUUAAAAUUCUCAAGCGCAAUCGGCAUCAGAACGUAAUCCAACUGUACGAGGUCAUCGAUUCUCCAGAUCGGAUCUUUCUCAUUAUGGAACACAUCGACGGAGGGGAAAUGUUCGAGUACAUCGUUGCACAUCAUCGCAUUCGCGAGCCUGAGGCCGCCUUUCUCUUCCGCCAGAUUGUAGAAGGACUCGCGUAUUUGCACUCAAACGAAGUGACUCAUCGCGACUUGAAACCGGAAAACUUGCUGCUCCAGUCCAAUCGCCACAAUGCUACGGAUCCCUCGACACUUCUUGUGAAGAUUGUGGACUUUGGCUUAAGUAACACCCACGACGGUGGACGUCUGCUGCGUACAGCCUGCGGUUCGCCUUGCUAUGCUGCUCCCGAGAUGAUCCAAGGACGACUGUAUCGCGGCCCCAUUGCUGACAUGUGGAGUCUGGGUGUGGUGCUCUUUGCGAUGGUUUGCGGCUUUCUUCCGUUCGAGGAUAGCAACACCAACAUGCUUUACAAGAAGAUUUUAAGUGCUAACUACAAGAUGCCGACGUUUUUAUCGGCGAAUGUGCAAGACCUAAUCCGUCGCAUUCUUGAGACGGACCCCGAGAAACGCUACACUGUAGACAAGAUCUUGCAGCACCCGUGGCUGGCUGGUGUGCAAAAGCCCGACAUAUCCGGCUACGAUGUGGGCGGGGGAGCUAACAGUGACGAGCUCAAGACACGGCACAAACUUGUAUUAAGUCAAUUGGAAUCACUGGGAUUGCCGGGGGAUGAGGUGCAGUCGGCAUUAUCAAAGAAUCUAUUCAACCGCGUCACGGCGUCCUACUACCUUCUCGACAGUAAACUCCAACGGAUUAUGCGAAAUCGUGCCAUUCCAGUACCCACACCCGGUAACACUUCUAACGUUGUGACCGACCGUGCAGCUCGUCGUGAGAGUAAUCGACAACAGGAUUCCACCGUUCGAACAGGUGGAAGUGACGUAAGUUCUGCUGCUACUGGAACAAGUAAACGUAUUGAGGUUUCUGGGAAACCGCUUCGUCAGAACUCAGGUUCCCACGGCGUCCAGGAAAGCCCGAGACGCAGAUCAAACCCUCAUCACCCACCCCAGCACCAGCAACAUUCAGAGACCCAAAAAGCUUCUUCUCUGCGUGUAGUCACACCGGCAAAUGCUCCACCACACGCUAGUGGAUCAGGGUCCACGCAACGACCAAGUUCGGUGCGUGGCGGUCGCAACCUUGUGAUGAUAAGCAAUUCAUCAGCAGUGUCGUCUGGCUCAGGGUUUCUGCCGAUCGCACCUAAUCCACCGCGUGACCAUCGUCACUCUGGAGUGCUCACAGCCAGGAAACCACAGAGCAACAGUCGCGUUACAGUCAGCAACGGUAUGGUAGCUCUCCGACCACUUGUACAACCAGCACAUCCACCGAGGCGAGAAUUUCCACCUUCCACCGCUACACGACGGCAUUCCAAUGAAGUUGCAGCUCCACCCUAUCGUAGUAUUCAUGACCCCAUACCAGCCCACCCACCUUCUCACCAUUCGAUCAUUUCGUCCAAUGGUGUUGUGGUUGUUCGACGACGAGGCCCCGUACCCCCACCGCCCCAUGCAGGCCACACACAUAGCCCCCACCAAUCACACGUGGUGGCAACGCCAGCGAUCUCAGCGUCCCAUUCUGCCUCCAAAGCAGACGACACUCGGUCACCACAACGUCUAUCUACAAACUCGUAG